AGAGAUAUUUUCAAAAUAUUGGGCCAGUUUUAAAUUACUCAUCAGUUGAGUUAUAUCUUACGAGUAAGGAGCAACAACAGUCAACAGUCAUCCACAACUUGAGAGAUAGGAGAGGAAGAGCCCUGACAAUGGCGACAUGCGCGAUCAAUUCAGUAUCUUCAGCGGCAUGGAGUAUGAGUUCUCUAAGAUCAGCUCUUCCUUGUAUCCAACCUCCGUCAGCCUCCUCACUCCGCUUCCCAGCUCGGUCUUCUCCAUCUCGACUGAAGCUCUCCCGAUCCGGUCCACAGCCAGUGAUUCCUCACUCUUUCAUAGGACUUGCCCCUUUUCAACCGCUUCUAUCUCUUUUUCCUCAAGAUUCAACAAGUUCUGAGAACUCAUUAACUGUGAUGGGCAAUGGAUUCCGAGUCUUUGCGAUGAGACAUGGCAGGAGGGUGCCUAAACUGAACAGACCCCCUGACCAGCGACGGGCACUCUUGCGGGGCCUCACGACUCAGCUUCUCAAACAUGGGCGCAUUAUGACGACCAGAGCUAGAGCCAAAGCAAUGAGAAAGUAUGUUGACCAUAUGAUUACCUUGGCGAAGGAAGGCUCUCUUCACAAACGAAGGCAAGCCCUUGGCUUCAUCUAUGAGAAAGAGUUAGUGCAUGCCUUGUUUGCCGAGGUCCAAGAGAGAUACGGGGAGAGAAAUGGCGGAUACACAAGGAUACUUAGAACCUUCCCUCGGCGGGGGGACAAUGCACCUAUGGCCUAUAUUGAGCUUGUCUAGAGAUAAAUUGGCCUAUAUUGAGCUUGUCUAGAGAUAAAUUGGCCUAUAUUGAUCUUGAUGCCUUUUAUUUAUAUUAUCAACAUAGUUGAAUUUAUGUCAAUUGUUGGUGGUGCUCACUUUUUCUUAGUUUGUCCCUUUAAAUGUCAUGGACUGCAAGGACGAUACAGUGAGCUCCUUGAUGUUAGUCACAGGAUUGCGAGUGGUAGAUAACUACAAAACUGGUAUCCAUUAAGUGGGAGUGAUCCAAGGGAUCACUUCACACACUUAAGAUUAUCUACUUGUGCAAUCUCUUAAAUUUAAGUCUUAAGAAGG